AUGAGGCCUACGACAGAGCCAAUAACCCCGAAGCGAGACCCGGUGGCUCAGGCUGCCCCUGGGGCUGUAUCAGCGCCUGUAGGAACAACUCCACGAACAGGGCAGGACAUCACCAAUGUCGACGACACGACGACCACACUUCGCAUCGACAUAGCUCGGUUGAUGAAUUUGGAGGUCGUCCUUUGCGAUGCCGACGCCUUCCUCAACUACUAUAUGCCUAAAUGUGACGCGGAUACAGCGAAAUAUGUACUAAUUCGCCUGGCCACUGAGAAGAGGCAAGACGGCACCACCGUUCUUGUACCACGCCAAACUUCCACCGUGGCUGCGGACUCCGAGCAAACAGGUGAGGAGAACGCGGUGUCCAUUAGUGCAGACGGUGAAGGGUAUGAGGAAGGGCCUGAAGACUCUGCCACAGAGGAUGAGAUGGACGACGAGCAAGAAGCCACAUCGAUUUUCAGGAAAAAGGCGAGAGUGACCUUGGAGGAAGCCGAAUUGGACGACGGCGAAGAGGAGUACCCCGACGAAUUCGAGGGAGAGGCGACGGAGAACCCGAAGGACAGAGGAGAUACGGGCUGUGUGGAGGAUAUUUACCCCUACGUCCUCCACGACUUCAAGCACAGGCCGUCAAUGGUGAAGAAGACAUACCUCGUCAACAAGAAGAAACGAGUUGCCAAUUUGCGCAAGGUCGACGAGGACUCGCUCUUCAGCACGCUGACUGGCAUUGGAAACGCCGUCCGCGAUGCCCUUCGUGCCAGAGGAGUGGUGGUGAAUGACUAUCACAUCUUAAUGUGUCCUAACACGACAUUGUCAUCCGGAAUUGGCGGAUGUGAUCAGAGAAUCGACGCCGCCCUCACCAAGAAGAAAGAUGUCAAGGGCAUAACAGUCUACGACAUCAUUGUUCCAUUUGAAUUCAAGGUGGACUGCAAGAACAGCAUCAUAUUUGAGAACCGGAGACAAGUGGUCUCGCACGUCAAUCAUACGAUGAAUGACGACCCUCGACGGCUGUUUAUGUAUGCGAUCUCUAUUGAAGAUGACCUUGUGUCCGUUUGGUACUUUUCUCGGUCGCAUUCGGCCAAAGCCGCCUGUUUCAGCAUGGUUGAGCGACCCGAUAUCCUAAUCAAGGUUUUUAUCUCGCUUUUUUGCGCGACGGAUCAACAGCUCGGCUUCGACCCAUAUGUCACCCUGGUUGAAGACCACAGAUUUGUUUACGAACUCCCGCCCAACGAGUAUCGCUGCAAGUCUCUCUUCUAUCAAACCAUCGAAUCCAUCAUCAACCCGCGCGCCCUGCGCCUUCGUGGACGAUCAACUCGAGUUUGGAAGGUCGAGCAGGUACAAUCGAAGAAGGACCACACCCGUGUUGCUGGGACGGGGGAGAUGAUAUUGAAGGACGUCUCGCUGAGCUCUGAUACGGCAACGGAGUUUGACAUUCAGAACAUGAUGUUCAAUGAUAUGGACAAGUUUGCAAGUGAUCCGAACUGGCGCAAGCGCGAUAUCUUGAAGGACUGCACACCGGAGCAAUUGGAGGAACUGGCAGGUGUCUUGGAAGGCCGUCGCUUCAGAGAGUUGUUCUCGUGUGUCAAGGAGCACCAUAUAGGCAGCUCAGGUCUUCUCGUCAUUCCCUAUUCUUGGAGGGUUCCCUCAGUCUUUAUGAGGCCAGAAAAGCUAAGCCAACCGUGCAAUAACGUUCGCACCUAUGCGGCGGUCGACUCGUCAUCGAAGCCUGAUGAGGUACUGCUGAGUGGGGAUUCGAGCCAAGUGAAGGACUCGAUACCGGAGGAAGAGAUGAUACCUACGCAGGCAUUGGUUCCUCGAAGACAGUGUCGGCUUGUAUUCCACCAUGUUUAUACACCCUUGCUCAAUAUCCGAACUAUGGGCGAUGCUAUGGAUAUUUUAAAAGGACAGUUCAUUUAUCCUCCAACACCAGCUCUCCGCGUCAUGUUCUGUGCAGGAUGGGUCCACCGUGAUCUCAGUCCUGGCAACAUCCUCGCUGCCCGCACUUCCUUCAAUGGUCCAUGGCAAGUCAAGCUCUCUGACCUCGAAUACGCGAAAAGGUUUCCGUCAGAUUAUUCGCCCAGUGCGACACCCAAAACAGCUUCUCACCACUUUAUACCGUACGAAGUUGCAACGAAGAAAUUGUUGACUUUUGAGUCUGACAACGAAGACACUAUUCUAGGCUCAGAGACGGAGGAUUUGCCAGCAGCCAACGACAAAUGUAUGGCUGAAACUGGCGACUCAUUUCCUCAUACCUUUCAGCACGACCUGGAGUCCAUAUGGUGGAUUUUUGUCUGGUUGUCGACUGUACGAGUAGACCAACGCCUUCCCAGGGAGAAAUUUGUAGAAGCUGUUUUCCCACCAAAGCUGCGGUUCGAAUCCCUGCCACACCAUGGUCGCUGGGGCCUGUUGACUGCGGAACGCAGCCUUUUGAAAGACACUCUCCUUAUGAAGAGCCUUCCACAAGCACUCUCCGCAACCAAUUUCAUCACUGCCCUGGACCAUCUCAAGAAGCAUCUCAAACUGGAGUACAAACGGCGCAACGGCCGAGGAAAGCAGCGAAACCCAGCAAGUUAUUCUUGGAUUAUCAACGGCCCUUUCAGAGGAUUUUUCCGUACCAUCGAGCGAUCGCGAAGGGAUUGGGAGAACAUCCAGCUAAUUGAGGACCCUAAGCCGACACGGAAGAUUGCGAAAGUGAAGGAGUCCUCCGAAAAUCCUGACGCACCCCCCAAUCCGCUCACGGGCCACAAGCGCAAGCUCCACCAGGCAGUUCGAUUUACUAAGCUUUUCGGCGGUGACAGUGGGGACCAUAGGGUCGUCGCACCUCUUCCUUCACGCGCGAGAGGAAGAAAGGCGCCUUCAGGACCGUUGCUGCAGACAUCGGCAGAGAUCAAGGUACAUACCGGUGCGAGAAAGGAUGUCGGCGACGGGGACGAAGCAAAGCAGGGACGGUUGAAGAGAGCCCGCCAUUGA